GGUACGCCGCUAACGCGGCGAGGUAGCUCGGUGCGUCUCGCAGUACCAAUGCGAACCUUCGGGCUCUCCAGGUCCGAGAUCGUAGUCUCCUGUCGGCUCUGAGGAGGAUGGAUCCUUCUGCGGAUACAUGGGACCUCUCCUCACCUUUAAUAUCAUUGUGGAUAAACAGGUUUUACAUUUAUUUGGGCUUUGCUGUUAGCAUUAGCCUUUGGAUUUGUGUCCAGAUUGUCAUCAAGAUGCAGCUCAGGAUUUGAUGACAAAUGGUUAUGUCUCCCUUCGAGAGAAAGACAUUUUUGUGUCUGGAGUGAAGAUUUUUUAUGAUUCUCAGACUGGAACAGCAAAGGGAUUUGCAACAGUUCUUGCUGAAGCAGUUACGUCCCUGGAUCUGCCUGUGGCCAUUAUUAAUCUAAAAGAAUAUGAUCCAGAUGAUCAUCUGAUAGAAGAGGUGACUAGUAAAAAUGUCUGUGUCUUCCUGGUUGUGACAUACACUGACGGCCUACCAACCGAAAGUGCAGAGUGGUUCUGCAAAUGGUUAGAGGAAGCAUCCAUUGAUUUUCGAUUUGGCAAAACUUACCUGAAGGGUAUGAGAGAUGCGGUAUUUGGCCUGGGAAAUUCUGCCUAUGCUAGCCACUUCCACAAGGUUGGCAAAAAUGUUGACAAGUGGCUCUGGAUGCUUGGUGCGCAUCGUGUGAUGAGUCGAGGGGAGGGCGACUGCGACGUGGUUAAAAGCAAGCACGGCAGCAUUGAGGCCAACUUCAGAGCAUGGAAGACCAAGUUCAUCUCCCAGCUGCAGGCACUUCAGAAAGGGGAGAGAAAGAAGUCCUGUGGCGGCCACUGCAAGAAAGGCAAAUGUGAAUCUCACCAACAUGGCUCAGAGGAGAGGGAGGAAGGAUCUCAAGAGCAGGACGAAUUGCAUCACAGGGACACCAAGGAGGAAGAACCCUUCGAGAGCUCCAGUGAAGAAGAGUUUGGUGGUGAGGACCGUCAGAGCCUAAAUUCCAUUGUUGAUGUUGAAGAUUUGGGCAAAAUUAUGGAUCAUGUGAAGAAAGAAAAGAGAGAAAAGGAACAGCAGGAAGAGAAGUCUGGUUUGUUCAGGAACAUGGGGAGGAAUGAAGAUGGUGAAAGAAGAGCUAUGAUAACUCCUGCUCUCCGAGAAGCCCUUACUAAACAAGUCGAUGCUCCGAGGGAGAGGAGCUUGUUACAAACACACAUUCUAUGGAAUGAGAGCCAUCACUGCAUGGAAACCACCCCGAGCUUGGCGUGUGCUAAUAAAUGUGUCUUCUGUUGGCGGCACCACAACAACCCCGUGGGCACUGAAUGGCGGUGGAAGAUGGACCAGCCUGAAAUGAUCUUGAAGGAAGCCAUUGAAAACCAUCAGAACAUGAUUAAGCAGUUUAAAGGAGUACCGGGCGUCAAAGCAGAACGCUUUGAAGAAGGAAUGAUGGUAAAGCACUGUGCAUUGUCUCUCGUGGGAGAACCAAUAAUGUACCCAGAGAUCAACAGGUUUUUGAAGCUACUCCACUAGUGUAAAAUCUCCAGUUUCCUGGUCACAAACGCACAAUUUCCUGCGGAAAUAAGGAACCUCGAGCCGGUUACUCAGCUGUAUGUCAGUGUGGAUGCCAGUACCAAAGACAGCCUGAAGAAAAUCGACCGCCCACUCUUCAAGGAUUUCUGGCAGCGAUUCCUUGACAGUUUAAAAGCCUUGGCAGUCAAGCAACAACAAACUGUCUACAGACCGACGCUCGUGAAAGCAUGGAACAUGGACGAGCUCCAGGCCUACGUGCAGCUCGUGUCCCUGGGGAAUCCUGACUUCAUUGAAGUGAAGGGUGUUACCUACUGUGGAGAAAGUUCAGCAAGCAGUCUUACCAUGGCCCACGUGCCCUGGCAUGAGGAAGUGGUACAGUUUGUCCGCGAGUUGGUGGAUCUGAUCCCCGACUAUGAAAUUGCAUGUGAACACGAACACUCUAAUUGCCUCCUGAUAGCACACAGAAAGUUUAAAAUUGGUGGUGAAUGGUGGACAUGGAUCGAUUAUAACUGCUUCCAGGAGCUCAUCCAGGAAUAUGAAGAUAGUGGUGGAUCAAAAACGUUCAGCGCAAAGGAUUAUAUGGCCAGAACUCCUCACUGGGCAUUAUUUGGUGCCAAUGAAAGAAGCUUUGAUCCCAAGGACACAAGACAUCAGAGAAAGAACAAAUCAAAGGCUAUUUCUGGAUGUUGAGAUUAUCUGAUUUCAAGGUACUGAAGGACAAAAACUUGGAUGGCCUCAAAAGGUUCUUGAACACCACUGUGAUUCUCCAAGGACGAAUUACGUAAAUUAUACUUUCAUACAAAGGAGACGAUAAGGCAGUAAACAUGGAGACACGGGGGACAGCGUCCACACUCAGAGGGCCUGGGCCACAGCCCCGAUGUUUCUUUUCAGAACUCAGCCCCUUUCCUGAUUUUACUUCUAAGAGGAAAAUUAUUUUGGGGAGGAACUACACAGUCGUGAUUAGAAUUUAACUGAUGGUUUUGUAUUAUAACUUCUAAGACCUGCCAGAAUGCUAGUCCUGAGAGUGUCAGACAAGGAAGAAAUCCCUGGGCCUCUUCCCCUUACCCGGCCCUUGGAUUUCAUGGAGCAGCCACUUAGCAUUGAAUUGCACUACCCUGAGCUAAACGUGUCUGUGCUUUCUAAGAUAAGAGCUUGAUCUCUUUCUUCUAUCUUAAGACAGCACCUCCUGAAAAGAAUCGAAGUUGUCACAACUCUCAGUUAUUUUUUAAAUACUGCAUAGAUUGAGUUUUGGUUUAUUACUAACCCUUCCCAAAAUUGCAUUGGAUCUAAAACUGUACUAGAUCUCAUCCCAUUCCCAUAUAAAUUACCACAGACCGCAGUACCGGGGCUGGAGCGGAGUGAAGCUGUCUGCUGUAAGAGGAGUGGCCAUGUGAGGGCAUGGAGUCAUUAGUCUCACAAACACACUUUGGACUGAAGAGGAUCAUUUCUUUUUGUUCAGGAGGUCACUGUCCGGGCCUCUCAUAUCACGACCAGAUGGCGGGUCUCCAUCUUCUUUCACUCCUGUGGCCCUGGCUGCUUUACACAAUCUGCUCUUUAAGGUUCAGGUGUUUUCAAGUUGGAAAGAUCAUAAGUACUGAAAAUUGUUUUCAAGUUAGCAAAUUCUUUUAACAGUCUUUUAUGCAAAAAUUGAAUUAAUAAAAUAAUAUUUUGUAAAGA